GUGGACUAAAGAUGGGGGAGCAAGGUGGUUGGCUGGAGGCUAACAGAGGAGACUGGGCGGCCAUCUUGGAUUCCCAGACCGGCGCAGCCAAGGACCCAGGGGACAACAUCACUGAGCAGGCCAGGACCAGAGGCGACUUGGUGGAGUCUGCAGUCCAUGAGGACCUGCUGAUAUCCGGUGUUGCUGGUGGGAGAGACUGGACCUCUGAAGCGGCUGGUCACAAACCCUGGCUCCGGAUCAGAACCCUGGAUCAGGAGCCUUCGCUCUUACUUCCCGAUUCAGAACAGGGACCGAACCACGAGGGACAGAGACUCCACCACAACCACCACACAGAACACAACCAGUGGACAGGUGGACUGAAUGACCUCAGUCCUGGUUGUCAUCAGAGAGACAGAGGCUCCAGUCAGGGAUCCAGUCUGCAGCCCAGACACUUCUCUUCACAGUCUCAGUGCAGGGAUGAAGCAGGGCCUGGGGCUGAUAGAGAUAGACCCUCCUGUUCCUAUGAUACAAACACCACAGUAUCCAUGAUGAACAGAGCAGGUCAUCCUGGGCUUCAGCCUUCACAGAGAGUGGUGGGAGACACACCUGGUGGGAGUCUAACAGAAGGUCGGUUUUCUCCUUCAGGAUCUCGUCUAAUGCCUGAUGAUUGGGUUCAUAGAAAGCCUGGGCCUGGGUCUAGCCUUCCUCAGCUGCCUCAUGGUUGCCCCACCAAUACAGACAGGGUCCGGAUGGGCGUUCACCACAAGAGGUACCUAGCCUAUAACACCGCACACAAUCCCAACAACAAACAAACAAUGGCUAGAGGUCAAGGAGGGAGCUCAAAGACUAACCACCUGGGGGUGGUGGCUCCUGCUUCUUCCUACUCUGGUGUCAGGCCAAACAUUAGGACCGACGCUGACAAGCCGUAUGCCUGCCCCACAUGUGGGAAGUGCUUUGCUGAGGCGAAUUAUGUGAAGAUCCACCAGAGGGUCCACACAGGGGAGAAACCCUUCAGCUGUACCAAAUGUCACAUGCGCUUCGCAGAGGCUGGCACCCUGAAGAGGCACCAGAGGGUCCAUACAGGGGAGAAACCCUACAGCUGCCCCAAGUGUGAGAAGAGGUUCUCACACCAGCACCAUCUGAAGAGACACCUGAAUGUCCACACGUGAGAAAGGCCCUUCGCCUUCUCUGAGGUUCUCAGAGAGGAACUAUCUCAGGAUACACCAGCAGAAAAACCAUUACACUUCAUAACAUAAAACGUAACUAUUCCACUCAGUAGCUUCUGACGAUUAGAUCAAACCCUACAUUAAAGAUACAUUUUAAUUGUUGUCAACAGAAAAGAUCCACAGAUGCAUUUGGAAUAACGAUAGUGACAGAUUUCAGUGUUGAAUAUUCCUGAAUAGAAUAUUGCAUCCAGACAUUGUGUGACAUAUACAGUAUAAUGCAUAUAUGUCUAAAAGUCUGUUA